AUGACUUGCGCUUACACCGCUUUGAUGAAGCAAAGCUCGCCUUCGAGGCCGACCUGGACACCGGACGAGAUUCCUGAUCUGACCGGCAAAGUGAUGCUGGUAACUGGCGGCAAUUCGGGUGUUGGGAAGGAGAUGGUUCGUGAACUCCUUCAGCACAACGCCAGAGUCUACCUUGCUGCGCGCUCCGAACCCUCUGCGCAGGCCACCAUUAUGGAACUGCAAGAGAAGACCGGCAAAACUGCUCGGUUCUUACACCUCGACCUUGCAGAUCUUUCUUCAGUACGCGCAGCGGCAAUCGACUUCCUCUCACGCGAGCGGCAACUGGACGUCCUAUUCAACAAUGCCGGUGUCUUCCUCGCCCCGCGAGACAAGCUUACGGCGCAAGGAUACGACAUGACAGUCGGGACGAACGUACUCGGACCUUUCCUUUUCACGCAACUACUCAUGCCCGCACUGUGCCAUCCCGGUGCGCACUCGAACAUCGAGAAAGGCCGAGUAAUCAGUACAUCCUCCGUCACGCACUACUUUGCGCCUCACUUCGACACCGAUGUUGCUCGCCCUGGACCGGCACGCGACAAGCUUGGUCGCGAUGCGCUUAGAAACGACGUGCUCUAUGCCCAGACGAAGACAGCAGAAACCGUGCUCGCGACUGAGCGCGCGCGACGGUACGAAGACGAGCUGAUCAGCGUCGCAAUCAACCCUGGGAAUAUCCAGACCGGCAUGCAGAGAAACAUGAGCAAACUUGAUGCGGCUAUGGCGAAGAGCAUCCUGUACCCCGUCGAACUCGGUGCAUAUACGGGUCUGCGCGCUGGUACGACACCAGAGGCAGCUGAAUGGAAUGGCAAGUACCUCCGACCAUGGGCGAAACUGGGAGAGGCCCAUCCUGCGACGCAGGAUCCCGAAACUGGCCGUAAGCUCUGGGCAUGGGCUGAAGAGCAGUGCAGAGAAUGGCUUAAACCUAUCCCUCUUCCGAGGGAUCAGUAG